GAUUAGCGUGAUGGUUUGUGUGAGUGUAGACAAGUAAUCCCACAUUCGGUCGUACUAGUUUCAUUUCAUACCAAGAAAAAGGAAAAAUCCGUAAGUUGAUGUCACAAAUCCUCUAGAUUUGCUCUUCUUUCCUUGCCUCUUCAGUUGACUCUGACUCACUCUCUCUCUCUUCUCUCUCUCAUCUUAAUAAAUAAAUCGUCAUUUUUUUCCUCCGGAAUUCCUCUUUACUUUGCACUUUUUUUUUCGGUCACCACUGCUAUAAAUGCAGUAGUAUUCUGUCUUGCUUUCCCUUUACUAUUCACACACACUCUCUCUCUCUUCUUUCUCUCUCUAUUCUUUCUGUAUCAGAUUUCCUCCAUUGCAAACCAAGCAUUCUCUCCAUUUUCCUUUCUUCCAUUUUCAUGUAACCCUCUACCUACUAUUUCACCCAACUCUAAUUCUCUCCACCAUUUUAAUAAAAUAAAGAACAACUCCACCCUUUAAAAUUUUAGAUUUUUGUCUGGCAUUGUUCGAGAAUUUUUUUUAUUUUUUUUGCAUUAUUUAAUUGAUUUGUGGAAAUUCUGUGUGGCCCACCAACUGCAGACCAUACAUACCCUUGUGCUUCAAAACUACUCAUUCAUCCUCCAGCCAGCUGCUUAACUUUCUUUUCUUUUGGGCUCUCUCUCUCUCUCUUUAUUUCCUUUUUUCCCACUUAUUUCUUUUGGUGGGUUUUUUGUUUUUUCAUUUCUGCAUUCGCGUAUCUAUCUAUCUAUGCCCUUUCUUUGCUUCUUUCGAUUCUCCACCAACAAGAUCAACCGGGUUUAUUUCAGAUCACCGACAAAUGAUUUAAUGGACUAAUCGUUGUUCAGAUACAUCUAUCUACCAUCGGGAUUGCAUAAAAAAAAGAAUGUCGUCUGGAAGUUUAAACACCGAGCUCUCGAAGAAAUAUGGGCCUCUAAAACUUUGGGUCCUUAUAGGCAUAUGUGUGGGUGCAUUUAUAGUUCUAAUUCUCGGGAUAUUAUCACUAUGGGCAAUGUUCCAACGAAAAUCUCGAAGGACCUUAGACAAGUACUCUCAUAGCCAAAUCCCUAAUGUUUCGAAAGAUAUCAGAGUAGACAGAGUUGGGAAUCAAGAAAGUUUAUACUUAACAAUUAAUAACGCUAAAUCGAGCGAUAAAACCCCGGAGAAGAUGCUAGUUCAUUUAGGAAGGAGCCAAUCGAGCGACACCGAUAAUAUCAGCCAGUGCAGUUCAAUGUACCACCACGAGAGGGCGUGUAGCUCUCAUUCGGGUGAGGAAGGGAGUUCGGGUAAUGCGAGAAAACAAGCUUCUUUGUCUUAUGGUGCGUCUCCUUUGAUCGGUUUGCCUGAAAUGUCUCAUCUCGGGUGGGGCCACUGGUUCACCCUUAGAGAUCUGCAAAUUGCGACCAAUCGUUUUUCGGCUGAUCAUGUUAUUGGAGAAGGUGGUUAUGGGGUUGUUUAUAAGGGCAGAUUGGUCAAUGGGACUGAGGUUGCGGUUAAGAAACUUCUUAAUAAUCUUGGACAGGCGGAGAAAGAAUUUAGGGUUGAAGUAGAUGCCAUUGGUCAUGUUCGACAUAAGAACCUAGUGCGUCUUCUCGGCUAUUGCAUAGAAGGAGUUCACAGGAUGUUGGUUUACGAGUAUGUAAACAAUGGCAAUCUUGAACAGUGGCUACAUGGGGCAAUGAGGCAACACGGUACCUUAACAUGGGAAGCCCGUAUGAAGGUUCUACUUGGUACUGCUAAAGCACUUUCAUAUUUGCACGAAGCUAUAGAACCAAAAGUUGUGCACCGCGAUAUAAAAUCAAGUAACAUCUUGAUUGACAACGAGUUCAACGCUAAAAUUUCCGACUUCGGUUUGGCUAAGCUAUUGGAAUCUGGAGAAAGCCACAUAACAACUAGAGUGAUGGGAACAUUUGGUUAUGUGGCUCCAGAAUACGCAAACACUGGUUUGUUAAACGAAAAGAGCGACAUUUAUAGUUUCGGUGUUCUACUAUUGGAAGCUGUUACUGGGCGGGACCCAGUGGACUACGGACGUCCAGCCAACGAGGUAAAUUUAGUGGAGUGGUUAAAAAUGAUGGUAGGGAGUAGGAGAGCAGAGGAAGUAGUGGACCCCACACUUGAAGUAAGGCCGAAUACACGUGCAUUGAAGAGAGCACUUCUUGUUGCACUUAGGUGCGUUGAUCCCGAUUCGGAGAAACGCCCCAAGAUGAGUCAGGUUGUUCGAAUGCUCGAAACUGACGAGUUUCCUAAUCGCGAGGAUCGUCGGAAUAGAAAAAGCAGGACGGCGAGUUUGGAAAUCGAGUCGGCUAAGGAUAUUAGUGGUCCAUCUGAGAAGGAAAGCGGUGUAGAUCAAUCUUCUGAGACAACGGAUAGAAACUGACACAACACACAUCACUCUUUCCCCUGAAUUAUUGCUUCUCUCUCUAAUUUUUUACAUUUUUCGAAGUUCGUUUAUUCCUGGAAAAGAUUCCUCCGUGAAAAGAAAAAAAACAGGAUGGCCCUGUUUGAAAUCAUCGUUUAUGGCUCCAAAAUGAUGGGUGAAAUCGAGGGGGGGAAAAAGAAACAUGUCCUUGUACAGAAGAUCAAAGGGGCCAUCGUUCGUAGCAUUACAAUCAUCUCUCUCUAUCUUUCGUCGUUUCGUGUUUUUUGUUUUGUGGGUAUUUUAACUGUUUUUACCUUUUCACUAUUAUUAUAAAUUAUUGGUCAGAAACUUAAUAUUAUUAACUAGUGAAUGUUACAUAUAUGUAUGAUUGAUUGUUGAUCAGCCAAUAGUCCUGGAAAUAAAGCGAGGUCCUCAUAAUCA